AUGGUCAACGCGUCAGGCAAUGAGGCUACGGAUCGGUCCAACAGGAAAGCCUAUCAGCCAAGACGAGCCGUUUCAAUACACAAAUGGUCUCGGGAGAAACAACAACGCGACUGUCGUUAUCUCAAAUUUGAUUUGGAAGCUCUCUGUGAAAUUGCAACUUCAACCGGCCCUUCCAUCUCUCCCGUUCGAGAAGUCGAGAAGUUAGAAGGCGGAUUUAGUAAAGCAUUACGCGUUCAAAAAGAGGAUGGAAUGGAGCUUGUCGCGAAGAUUCCGUGCCCCAUUGCAGGGCCUGCAAGAUACACAACUGCCUCAGAGGUUGCCGUUCUGGAGUAUGUGAGAGGAUAUACUAACAUCCCAGUACCACAUGUCUACGCCUGGAGCUCCGAUACUUCGAACCCCGUUGGGGCGGAGUAUAUCAUCAUGGAAAAGGCCAUCGGCGUCCAGCUCUUCAAAGUGUGGGAUAAGCUUAAAGAUAUCUCCAAACUUGCUAUCAUCAAGAAGUUGACCGAAUGGGAGAGCCAGUUGAUGGCAAUAAACUUCCCGGCAUAUGGUUGCCUAUACCAUCGCCAUUCUAUUCCAGACAAUGAUAGGAAGAUGGACCUUCCAACCAGCAUCGAUCCAUCCGGGUCCUACUGCAUUGGUCAAUCUUGCAAUCCCACUUGGUCGUCUGUGGGCCAGAACCUGAUGCCUGGACCUUGGCCUUCUCUUACCGAGUUUGGGACCGCAUUCGCAAAACGCGAGAUCCGUCGCAUCUCACGGGAAUCGAAAAGCGUUGACUCGCAUAGUGGCACAGCUCCUGAACAAAUCGCUUUGCUGGAGAUCGCAGUCAAGCUCAUGCAGAUUUUAAGUUCCCAUUCCGAUCUUGUCCGACAUGCUAAACCCACCUUCUGUCACACCGACCUGCACAUGGGCAAUAUUUUUAUUUCAGAGCAUGACCCUUCAAAAAUCUCGGCCAUUAUCGACUGGCAGUUCACACAAAUAGCACCCAUGUUCCUACAGGCACGUUGGCCGGCUUUUUUGAACCCUCCCGAAAAGAACCCAGCUGGGCUUGUGAGGCCGAAGUUACCUGAUAACUAUGGAGAUUUGGAUGGGGAGGAAAAGGAGUUGGCGGAGUAUGAGUUCAAACAGGUAACGGCAGCCAAAGCAUACGAAUUGAGAUGCUAUCUUGACAAUCCAGAUGCUUACAAUGCGAUGAAUAUACCUCGCGUGUACCGGGAACUUUUCAUCCGUUGUGGAGAAACAUGGGAAGAGGGACCUGUGCCGUUACGUACUUGUCUCAUCGAGAUUUUCAACUGCUGGCAAGAUCUAGGUCUCCCGGGUGAAUGCCCUUACCCGUUUCACAAAGAGGACAUUCAAACACAUGAAAAAGAAUUUGAAGAGUACGAAGAAUGGCAUCACGCGCGAGAAUUUGCCAAGGAAUAUCUCAACACCGAUGCACAUGGCUGGAUCUCGCCUGAAAUGGACUUCACCAAGAAGCAGGAACAAAACAAGGCUCUGUUCAACUUGUUCGCAGAGAGAAUGGCUGGCCAGAAGUAG